GUUCUUUGUGUUGCCGUCGCCACCUUCUUUUUUUUCUCUUUUUUUUUUUUUUAAUUUUUUUUUUUUAUUUUUGGUUUAAAUGUUUAACUUAAUGGGUCUGAACAGCACGGCCGUAGCUAUUCAGCCCAAUGUGUCCUGCACAUGCAACUGCAAAAGGUCUUUGUUCCAGAGCAUGGAGAUCACGGAGUUGGAGUUUGUACAGAUAAUCAUAAUCGUGGUGGUGAUGAUGGUGAUGGUGGUGGUGAUCACGUGUCUGCUGAACCACUACAAACUCUCUGCGCGAUCCUUCAUCAGCCGGCACAGCCAAGGGAGGCGGAGAGACGAGAACCUCUCAUCAGAGGGAAGCCUGUGGCCUUCGGAAAGCACCGUGUCGGGGAAUGGAAUAACAGAGCAGCAAAUCUACACGCCGAGACCCAGCGACCGCCUGGCAGUGCCAUCCUUUCUGCAGAGGGACCGCUUUAAUAGAUUCCAGCCAACUUACCCCUACAUGCAGCACGAGAUCGACCUGCCGCCCACCAUCUCGCUGUCGGAUGGCGAGGAGCCCCCCCCGUACCAGGGACCCUGCACGCUGCAGCUGCGAGACCCCGAGCAGCAAAUGGAGCUCAACAGAGAGUCUGUCCGGGCUCCCCCCAACAGAACCAUCUUUGACAGUGACUUAAUAGAUAACUCUGUGUACGGGGGGCCGUGCCCCCCCAGCAGUAACUCUGGCAUCAGCGCGACCUGCUACGGGAGCAAUGGUAGGAUGGAGGGACCGCCGCCGACGUACAGCGAGGUGAUAGGGCACUACCCGGGGUCGACGUUUUACCAGCACCAGCAGAACAACAACGGGAUGCCUUCUAUCUUGGAGGGCAGCAGACUCCAUCAUUCACAAAUCAAUGGCCUUGAGAGCACAACCGCGUGGAACAAAGAGAAAGAGAAACAAAAAGGGCACCCCUUUUAAAAAAAAAAAAAAAGAAGAAAAAAGCAAGAAAGUAAAUGAAACACUCUGCACUUCUGUUUAAAAGAAAAAGGAGAGAGAGAGAGAGUUGAGGAAGACGAGCAAAGAAAAAAAAAAAAAGCCCUUCCCCAUCUCUCCGUGUAUAAAUAUUUACUUGUUAUGUCUGGUCUGAAUGCACAAGCCUACCAAGCUUGCAAAAGCAUUUCUUUAUUGAGCUGUGUCUAGACAUUUAAAAAAGGAAAAAAAUCAACUGUAGUCCUUUUUUUGUUUUGUUUCUAGUUGAGCUGUGUGUGAAUGCUUUUUUUUUUUUGUUUGAUUAUUUCACUUAUCUUUAAAGACAAAAUAUUUGCACAAAAACAUUUUGUUUAAAGAUCUGCAAUAUAAAUAUAUAAAUAUAUAUUAAAAAUAAGAGAAAGUGUAUGUGUAAGGAGCAGGAGUAUUUUUGUAUUAGAAGAGGCCUAUUCACAAAAAAAAAAAGUUGUUUUCUGAACUAGAAGAAAAAUGGCAAUUUUUUUGAGUGCCAACUCAAAAAGCGUGUAUUACAUUGUAAAAAAACAAAAAACAAAAAAAAUCAAAAGCAGGGGUUUAGAGUUAUUUAUAUAAAUGUUGAAAUUUUGCACUAUUUUUUAAUAUAAAUAUGUCAGUGCUUGUGUUGGUCAAAGCCUCUAUCAUGUCUACCAUGAACCUGGUAAGGGAUAUAUGUCAAAGUGAAGAACAAAGUAGCUGGAAGGGGUGGAAAAUCGCUGAAGUAGAGAUGCCAGCCCUGGGAGGAGCGGUGAGCGAGACUGCAUCUUAUGCAAAUCCUUAAUUUCCAGAGUCCCUGCACGUGGCUGCUGACAGUCACGGCUUUAUACAUUCCCUACAAAGCAAGAGGAGUUGAUGUGUGUCUGUGUGUCAUCCGGUAAGAUUAUUGGAGUAAGAAGGUAAAAUAAAAACUCCCUGCUUCUGGGAGUCAGUAAUGACAGAAGCAGACAAAAGUUACUUGAUUUUUUUUUUUUUUUUUUGGACAACCUCUAACUUUUUGAGGGGGGUGGUGGGGAUGAGAAUAAACUGUGUCUGAAGGAACAAAGUGGUUUUCGGUUUAUUUCUUUCGAUGUUCAACUGAAGGGGACCCUAUUUGGAGCUAAAGCAGUGAUUAUGAAAGUUAACAUAAGCAAAUGGUAACGUACCCAUGGGCUGCCUUUCAGCUUGGGUUUAAAUAGUCAUUGAAAGUAUGUGCUGAGAAGUGUGACGGUGGUGAAAGUCUUUUUCAUUUUGUGUUAAACUCCCAAACCUCUCUUUGGAAUAAACGGGCGCAGCCGUGUCUUGCAGCUCCGCCGUCCCUCGGGCUGCCUCUGGUCAUCGCUAUUUUUUACUUUAUUAUCCUAGCUAAAGAGGCGUCAGAUACAGUAGAUGGAAACGAAUCUGCUCCUGUGAUAUGUUAAUUAAAAGCUAAAGAAAUACGCUUAAUGCUUUAGAAGCAACCCCCUUUACCUCUUCUGAAGAUGUCCUCAUCCACAGCAGCACAGUCCCACCUGCCCAGCGUUGGGUGUCCUUAAUUUAUCUUGGUUUCAGAAGCAUUUUGUCUUAUUAUGCUAUUGUUUACAUUUUUGUAUUGUGUAGGUGUCUGGUAGGUGUUUUACCCUCGUGGUGGAUUUGUAUGUGGUGGAGUGAGCGAGUGAGAAACCCGAGAGCGUGUGAGAGAACAAAAGGGAUAAAGCUGUUCUCAGUCCUGUCUCUGGUCCCGUCUCCCCAGCUGGGAGAGCAUCUCUCUGAGCGCGAGGAAGGGUCGCUUGGUAGGGGAACUACAGAGAGCGAAGCUUUUACAAGGAGGUGUGAUUUCAUUUUCCGCAGGAUGCUAUCUAGUAGAGUGACAUAAAUGAAAGAUAUAAAGGCAAUAACUAUUGUUUUUAAGUGACUUUUCUAUUACUUGAAAAAAAAAAAAACCAAACCAUGAGAAUGGUUUUGAAGUUCUGACCAUUUGAACAAUAUUUAUAUAUAUUUUAAAGAAGACGAUGAAUAGCUGAACUUGAAGUUUGAUCGUUAUUUUCCACUUUUUUUUUUUAUUUUUGCCUAGAAAGAGUCCUGUACCUUCUCAAUAUUUCCAACUGCUUUUCCACAGCUCUUGAAAUCUUCAUAGCUUUACAGUCGUGUAACCUAAAUUUUGAUGACCUAAAAAACAAAAAAGCCACAAAAAAAAAAAAUAGUCAUGCAAAGGAAUAAAUCUAGUUUGUCAUGAAAGGUACAAAACUGAUGAAUUUAUACGAGUUUUUAAAAUGUAUCUUUCCUUUAUGUAACAUGUCUAUUUAGUGCCUUAUUAAAGAAAGAGAAACACUCUCUUUUUAGAGAGGGGAAAAACAAAAUCAUCGUUAGCGCCACAAGUAACCAGCGUCUGGUCUCUUGCUCCUUUGGACCUUGCAUUCAAUUUUCCAGUCCCUUCUUUCCCGGCAGCGCUGCCAGCUCCCAGGAGCAACUCCGUGUGCCUGGCCACGCAGGCUGCUCCCUCUGCCGCGGCUCUUCUCCGGCUGUUUGUAAGGGAACUUGAACACAUUUAUGCACAUUUGUCUACCCAUAGAGGUAGGAAACUGUGGUGGAUAUUGUAAAUGAGAUACCAACCAAAAGAGAAACCGAAAUAUAAUAUCUACUGCCCUCUUGAGCCAAAAUGCAUGAAUAGUGGU